AUGUCGCUGGGCACGCUGGAGACGAGCGAGGCGGCGGCCUCGAGCUGUCCAAAUUUCAGCGUCUUGGAGAGCUGGGCGAGCGUUGUGCCGAUCUUCCACCUCGCCGACCCCCAGGAGGCCAGCCUGGAGCCGCGCAAGAGGCAGAGGCUUUCUCAAUCGAUGGGCUCCAGCGUCUCGUUCGGGGCCUUCGACUCGAUCAACUCGAGCUCAAAGAUCUUCGAGGAGCUCACAUAUUGUGAUGUGGUCGUGUUCAGGUCGUCAGGUUUCGUGUCAGAGCGGCUGAUGGUGCAUCCCUCGCUGUGGUUGGGGACACUUUGGAGCUUUCUGAGUCUUCUUCUGAUUGCAUACGACACGAUAACCGUGCCUCUGUACACUUUCUACAGCUUCAGCCGUGUCCCCGGUUUGAUCGUAUUCUUUGACUUGGUCGCUCGAUUUUCUGGACUUUCGAUAUCCCGCUGUCGUUCGUGA